CGAAAGGUUGACAAAAAUCGGACAAUUCCACAAUCUAUUUUGAAUAUCAUAGAUGUUUUUACAAUUACUUCUUUGUGCUCAGUCUAUAAAACCCAGGAUUUGACGAAGACUGGCGAAAUCCCGUGAGUAAAAAUUAACGUUAUAAUGGACUGCUUGAGAGUUGAAUGCAGCAGUAUCUACAGCGGAGCCAACCCUAUUCAGAUAGGAGCAAUCCCCUGAGCCGAAGGAAACAACCAACUGCUCAUAAGCUCUUAUCAUUCUCUGGGUCCAGUCAAUAGCUUCCAAAUGUCACUGAUUUCGCUUGGGACAACAAUACAAAUACUGGCUGCAAACGACAGAGCCUAGUGAAUGAGCUACGGCCUCAGGAAUAGACAAUCUGAGGAGAGGCUGUAACAAUAUGUAACGUUCAGAGCUAGUGUAACUACAGGGUUACAGAGAGGGAGAAUAGAGCUUUUUUUUUACUGAAUUAAGGUGAUAUUAAUAUCGCACCAACCUAACGCGCCGUAAAAGGUAGUUACAACGGAAGGAUGCAGAAUUCCAGACAGUUUGAAGCACAUGACAAGGGGCAAGUUAAGUUUUCAGGUAAUCGAGGCAAAAAGCUACAGCAGCGUCUUAAGGAAGGAAUAGGGUUGACGGUUGCGGGAACAUCUGACCAUGACAGCGUCUUACACUUUCCCUUAAAACAGUCAACUUUGCAGGCUCCAACGACCCUUUUUUCCGUCUUAGAGGAGGAGGAGGAAGAUGGUGAGGAGACGCAGGACUACAGGGUACGAUCUAAGAGUUUUGGGUGCAUGGACGACUACUUAAGCAAACGCAGGCAGGGUAUAAAAGCAAUGCCAAUGAGCGCUAUACUCUCACCACGUAUACUGCGUCGUAAAAACGCUCCCAGAUAUUUGUUGACGGUGCCGGAAAUGGAACCACACCCAAGACGCCGUGUUGUGUCUGCCUUGCCAGCGUCCCAGCACAGUCCAAUGCUAUCACCAGAUGCGUCCCCUAAAAGCACGCCGCGCAGCACCCCACGGACCAGUCCUCGCAGCACCCCCCGGGAUUCUCCAGGGGGCUCAACUCACGUGACCCCUCUCGGAAGUACGGAGAAGCUUUGGAAAACGGGGUUUGUGCCAAAACGUCAGAAUUGGACGGGCGGAACUUUAAAACAAUCCAAUAUCGGCGGUUCUUUGCCAAACCUUUCCACCGAUACCUACAUCGACCGUUGCCUGAACGCUCUCUCUCCCGUUAAUUUUGGUGUUGGUCGACCCCCGCUGCCCCAUGGGUCCCGCCCCUUCCAGAUGGCGCUGCGCGACCUGGCGCAAGAGAGGGACCGUUGUCAGGAAACAAAAAGCAAUCUGGUGCAAUCGAAUGGUUCUAAGAGACCAAAUACAGACAUUAUAGACACACAGACAAAAAAGCAAGAAGUGUUUUCAAAUAUGUUGGAUACCGAAACAGACAGUGGAUACAAAAUAGAUAAGUGUGAAAAUGGAGAAGGACACAACCAAAAGCAUGUUGGGUUCAUGGAGCAAGGCAGACAUAUUCCAACAUUUGCCUCAACAGAUGAUUUUAGUGAUUUGCGUUACAUGGCCAAAAGUCUGCCCGACAUCAGCCAGCUCCACUCAGCUCCAGAACGACAGACUUCUGAAAACAAAUUUGUCAAGAAAGAUAAGGCUGUAUUAAAACAACGAGAACAAAUAGAACAUCGCCACGCUCUACCCGUGGUGUCAUCACCUAGAUUAUUGCAAAGACCAGCUAUUAAACCGAACUCUCUUGUUUGAGAGCCGCCUGUAUCAGUCCACCAUGAUAAAAUGGCUUUAAUAGAUGUUUUCUCCUUGGUGUUUUUUUAUUGUAAUGGCUUGACCGUCCGAGGAUUUAGGUACUGCGUGACGUCAUACGUGACCAGAAAAUGUGCGAAAAAUCCGCACGAGGUUGGGUUUACUCUUUAGCGUUAAGUGUGAAAGCAGUAUAAAAGUGAUGCCAAAACAUGAUGGAUUCGUAUAGUUGUGCAAUAGACUGUUAUUCGACAGAACCUGAGAGAAAACAACCAAAAAUAUUAGUGGAUAGAUUCUCUUAGCUUACGUUUUUUACCAGACCGUACUCGCUAGUCUGGCAUUAUUUCGGAUCUCACUCUUCUCCAAGUCUCGAGAAAUCCCGCUUGAUUUUACAUUAAGUCUCGAAUGAAUCUCCUUGCCAUUUAUAAUACCUUAAGGACAAAUUAGAUGCACAGCUGCGUUUUGUCGUGCGUUUUGUGAUAACAGAAUGAACGCGUCUGUAAUAAAUAAAGGCCAGUGAGUUAAAUGACUUAUUAUGAGCUUACUCCCAUGUAUUGAUUGUCACAAUAUGAUGGUUGAUAUUUUCAGAAAAAUUAUAUGUAUAUGCAAGUAAG